AUUUUUUUUUUAAUUCAGAGUAUUUUGAGAUUUGAUUUUGGGAUGAAAAAGUCUUUUUCAGCAUCUGUUUUUCUUAAAGAUGCUACGCUACCCAACACACUGUAUCUCUUCCAUCAUUUAUUUAGAGGCAUAUCCUCGAUAUAUACUACAAAUGGAGUUUAUUUUGGUAAUAGGUAAAACGAUGGAGAUGGAGAUGGAAGAUGGUAAGCGAGGAACGAUUCUGAUAACAAACGACGACGGGAUCGACGCUCCCGGUUUAAGAGCUUUAGUUGACUCAUUAGUCAACACAAAUCUUUUCAAUAUUCUUGUAUCUGCUCCCGAUAGCGAGAAAUCAGCUGUUAGUCACAGCAUCACAUGGCUUCAUCCUGUAGCUGCCAAACAAGUUCACAUUCAUGGAACCCUCGCUUCCUUCGCCGUUUCUGGAACUCCCGCUGAUUGCACUUCUCUCGGAAUUUCCAAAGCACUCUUUCCUACAAUUCCCGAUCUGGUAGUCAGUGGCAUUAAUAAGGGUAGCAACUGCGGCUAUCAUAUGUAUGUAGCACCAUUUUCCUACCUAUGCACUGUAGCUGGAGCUCGAGAGGCCUUCUUCAAUGAUAUCCCUUCUAUCUCUAUUUCAUAUGAUUGGGUUGAAGGAAAGAGUAAUCCACAUGACUUUGCCCUAGCUGCAGGAGUUUGCAUUCCAAUCAUAAGCGCUCUACUGGUUGAGAUAAAGAAUCAAAGUUACCCUGGAAGAUGUUUUUUGAAUAUAGACGUGCCAAACAAUGUUGCGAACCAUAAGGGUUACAAGCUAACUAGGCAGGGUAAAAGUAUCUUUAAGAUGGGAUGGAGAGAAGUAACCUCUGAGACAAAAGGACGACUAAUGUCAUCUGAUAUGACCAACACGGAAACGGAUACACCUAAAAAUGUUGGCACAUCAUCUGCAUCACCUGAACAUCUUUUAUUUGCGAGAGAGAUACGAGGUUCUGCACUUGAUCAUGAUGAUACGGAUCACAAAUCUUUGAAGGAGGGCUAUAUUACUGUUACUCCUCUUGGUGGUCUCUCUCGUGCGGAUGUAGAUAGUCAGACCUAUUUUGAAGAUUGGCUGCAAAGUGUCCCUAAGCACCUCUCUUCGGCAGCUUUAUAACUCUAUCCUUAGCAGUCUGGUUGCUCCGGUAUGCAAGCCAUCACUCCAAUAUUGUCAUGGCGCAAUAAAAACAUUUCAACCAAUUGUUGUAUGAUUGAAUGAGAAAGCCUAUUUUGUGUAAGCUAAUAAGUAAUGCCAACAACAUAUCAGUCAUUGUUAUAUUGGCAUGAUAGCAAUUCGUGUUAUUUUGUAUUCUUCCACAUGGAUUACUUAGUUUAUUACAUGAAUGGUUAUAAAGUAACUCUAUAUAUCAAUCUGAUGGAAAAAGCUACCUUCGUUUCAAGUAAA